CAAACCGAGUCGUUCAUCAUUAUAACGUAGACGAUCUUUGGUGGCGUUAUUUGCUCUGACGCGGCUCAGCCACUGGCCGUCUGUCAGAGAGCAAGACUCACAACCCUUCACCUGGACCAAAUAUCUCCGUUACAGAAAGGCUGAUGAGUCCCUGAUGCCAUUUUUUAAACAUGGAUGGUGCACUGUGGCCAGUGUGAACUAGUUUCACUGUGUAUUAGUUGACACUGCCCUCAGACUGGAUGUCAGGAGAUGAAACACCACAGCCCAAGGCCACAUCAUGAGUAUCCAGGGUCUGGGAGGAGCUAUAGGGGAAUCCCUGGGCUCUAGCCUCACGACCAUGGUCCCUACUGGUUAUACCAAACUGCAGGAGGAGCGGCUAGCCAUGGUGGACCUUGGAGCUAAACCAGAGGCUGGCCCCCUCCAGAACGGCUACAGACAGGAAACAUCUCAUGUAGAAAGCCGUCGGCAUCUGGACCGAGCCUCUCGGUCCUCUGUGACUUUAUCUGACUGUGGAGAUGGACCCUACUCUGAAACAGAACCCAUGCUGGCUGAGAGGAGGCUCUCUGGGGAGGAGGCAGAUGAGGAAGAAGAUGAGGAGGGAGGGCAAGGAUCUGAUGUGCAGAACAUGCCCAAGGAGUCACCACUGGCUAUGGCGCUGCAGAUUCUAGUGCCUUUUCUUCUAGCUGGAUUUGGAACUGUAUCAGCUGGAAUGGUGCUGGAUAUUGUACAGCACUGGGAGGCGUUCCAGUACAUCACAGAAAUCUUCAUCCUGGUUCCUGCCCUGCUCGGCCUCAAGGGAAACCUGGAGAUGACUCUGGCCUCUAGGCUGUCCACAGCGGUGAAUGUGGGUAAAAUGGAUUCUCCCAUAGAGAAGUGGAAUCUAAUCAUAGGCAACCUGGCACUGAAGCAGGUUCAGGCCACUGUGGUGGGUUUCCUGGCGGCCGUAGCAGCCGUUGUUCUUGGUUGGAUCCCAGAGGGGAAGUUCCAGAUGAGCCACGCUGUGUUGCUCUGCUCCAGCAGUGUGGCCACGGCCUUCAUAGCCUCCCUGCUGCAGGGUAUCAUCAUGGUGGGUGUGAUUGUGGGUUCGAAGAAGACGGGCAUCAACCCAGACAAUGUAGCCACACCCAUUGCCGCCAGUUUUGGUGACCUCAUAACCUUGGCAAUCCUGGCUUGGAUCAGUCAGGGCCUCUACAAGUGCCUGGAUUCCUACCCAUAUGUGUCGUCACUGGUUUGCGCCUUCUUCAUGUGUCUGACUCCUCUGUGGAUCGUCAUCUCCUCCAAGCACCCAGCCAGCCGCACCCUUCUCUACUCCGGAUGGGAGCCAGUCAUCACUGCCAUGGUCAUCAGCAGCAUUGGAGGACUCAUUCUGGACAAAACGGUGUCUGACCCAAAUCUGGCUGGCAUUGUGGUGUACACCCCAGUUAUCAACGGUAUUGGGGGUAACCUGGUAGCUAUUCAGUCCAGCAGGAUCUCCACUCACCUGCAUUUCCACUGUGCCCCUGGGGAGGUUCCUGACGAGGCCAAGGGCUGCUACUACCCCUGCCGCACAUUCUACGGCACAGGAGCCAAUCACAGAUCUGCUCAGGUGCUUCUCCUUUUGGUGAUCCCUGGUCACCUAAUCUUCCUCUACACCAUCCACCUGAUGAAGAGUGGCCACACCACCCUGACACCCAUCUUUAUGUCUGUCUACCUGGCUGCUGCUAUGCUGCAGGUGUUGUUGUUGUUGUGUAUAGCAGACUGGAUGGUGCAUUCCAUGUGGCGGAGCGGCAAAGACCCAGACAGUUUUUCCAUCCCUUACCUGACCGCUCUGGGUGACCUGUUGGGCACUGCCCUGCUGGCCCUCAGCUUCCACUUCCUGUGGCUCAUAGGAGACCAGGACAGCGACGUUGGCGACUGAGGUAAUAGUGACAUGACGGGAACCCUGCUGUCUGCCAGCCGACUUCACACGCCUUUAAGCCUUGUGGGAUUGUGGGUGUUCUCAACCACUGGCCAGCACAUUCCUCUGCUUCACAAACUGGAUGAAACUUCACUUAAACCACAUGAUGGUUUAGGAACUAUUUUCUGCUCCUGGCUCUUUUUUUUCUAUACACGAAAGACAUUAUAUUUCCCACAUAUAGACUGUUCUCAGUAGCAAAUCUAAUCUUUGUCAUUUGCACCAAAGCACUUGCAUAUUAUAUUGCUGAUUUUGUUAAGGGGAGCAGGAAGUCACCAACCACCACCUACAACGCUGAGGAAACCUGGCUGCUGUUGGCAAAGCAGUCUGCUCUGCCAGCUGAGCAUCAGUCGGAGGUCUUCUUCUAAAAAAAAAAAAAAAAAAAAAAAAAAAAAAAAAAAAAAUCUUUGGCUGGAAUAUACUCUGAGGAUUUACCACCCACCAUGUCACAACAUUUGUUUGUGUAUUACUGCUUUGCAUCAACGCGUUCAGCAGAGAGACACAGUUUGGGAGGAAGCCAAGACAAGUGAAGCCUGCUGUUAUUUUUGCUUGAAAUUAACUCUUCAAUACACUUUACUUUGAUGCAUCAUUUUUUUCUCCCCGUUUCAAACCUGCCUCCUGAGUUCUCAACCUUUUUGACCCAGCGAGUAAGUCCAGUCUCGAGGACCAACACUGUAACUGUGUUUAUUUUGAAUUGAGAGAAGUCAGAUGAUUUCAUUCCAAAAAUCAAUCUAAUGAAUGAUGUUUACGUAGGAACAGGCACAAAAUAAUAGAGUUGAAAUAAAAUAAAAUAAAAUGAUAAAAAUAAUUAAGAUAAAUAAUGUGAUAAUGUUGAGGAAAAUUUCACUGAAUUAAAGUUUAAAAGUAUCUUUUAGUCUGACAGCCAACACUGCACGCUCCAGGUCACAGCCAGUUGUUGAGUUUUUGCUAAACCCACUGAGCACUGAACGGUGAUUGUCCAGUCAUAGCUUAGCAUGUCUGUACAGCAAGCUUUGGAUUCAUUCACACGUUGAAGUGGUGCACGUGGAGCUGUGAAAAGAGUCGUACUUGGUAUUUAAAGAGCUCGGAGGGUGGUCUCUCUUUUCUCACCUUUGCAAACCCAAAAACACAAGAGCCAAAGGAACGGAUUUGACAGCAUGUUUACCUGCUCUAAACACAACAUUAGUCUGUGGAGCUGCAGGUGACAUGAACAAAAGCCCUGUUGCACAUCCACUUUGUAAAAUUGUCAGUCUGUGUGCAAGGCAGUUGCAGAAGAUUUCAUUUGAAGACGUUUACAUUCCAGCAACCCCAGCAACUGUCAGAGAUAGUAUCAUAUGUUUGCCAAAUGUAGUCCUCUCAUCCAAAAUAAUGCUUCCUAACAUUAAAAUAAAAACAGUUAUAUAAGCUGAGCAGCCAAACAGGGUUACAUUUUCCCAUAUCAUACAAAUAAAACAACAACUUCACUGUAGAGCAAUGCUGUGUCUACAUGGAUCAUCAUCUGGUGAUGACGUUUUGCCUGGGGCGUGCAGCUUUAGCUUCAGUCUUAUAGCACAAUGUUAUGUAUGUAGCCGUCAAGUGCACCAUCAAGGCCAGGUGUAGCAAUGUCCAUCUUUACAGACCUUCAUCUUCACAGCCUUUGCUUCCUGUUAUAUUCUAUAAAUGUUGACACAUUUCUCUGACACAAGCAAAGCACGAAAUCCUUUGUAUAUUCUAUCAACGUCCUGCAUUUCAUUUCAUUCUUUAAUUCAUCUCCUCUGACCGUGGGUCAAGUCUAUUAUCCUCAGUGGGGGGGGGGUCCAGUUGUGCACACAGAGCACUCCAGCGGGUGUUUGCACGCUAAUCACAUGCUGUUUACACAUAUGCGUAGUGUCUACAUGCAUGCACACAACUAAUUAGCAGUUUUUGUGUCAGCAUAGUCUGAUUUUCUACUCAUAUCAGAUUCAUUUUAUAAUCAGUGUAAACACCAGAUUUCUGACUUUUUUCAGAGUAUGUUUAAAAGACCUGAGAAAAUUGAUCUGGAUGAAGCAGCCUGAUUAUGAAGUCAGUCUGUGUAGUUCCCAGAGGAAUGACAAGGGGGAAAUAAUCUUAAAUCAAACAACCUCCUCAUUCUAAUCAUUCAGCAGCCUAUCAUGUGCAUGUGAACAUGGCCAGUGGCUCUCUUAAACUCCAAUAUGUGCCUCUUGAGAUUCACUGGUUGACAAGGUAUUUCUCUCUGUCAUGCCAUUAAUGCAAUUUUCUUUCUACAACAUUGUAACACAGUGCAAUGACUCUGUGAUCUUUUUGUAGGUACUUAUACUUGUACGACUUGACUAUUUCAUUCCAUUUUUAAUUACUGGCAUGAAAGUGCUUAUGGAUAUCAUUAGAGCUGUCAGAUUCUUGGGGGAAACAUACAUUUGCUUUUCUUUUGGAAUUAAACUCUUUGUUUGCUUUUGUGGCUCAUAUGGGCCAAUAAAGUCAAAAUAAAUGUCA